CUCAGCACUGUCAUGGCAGACGCAGCGGGGCUCGUCGUCAUCUGUCUUUGUGGAUAUCUACUCAGUGCUGAAUGUACAGUUUUUCUUGAUCAUGAAAAUGCCACCAAAAUUUUGAAUCGGCCAAAGAGGUACAACUCUGGUAAACUGGAAGAGUUUAUUCAAGGAAACCUUGAGAGAGAAUGCAGAGAAGAAAAGUGUAGCUUUGAAGAAGCUCGAGAAAUUUUUGAAAACACUGAAAAAGCUACUGAAUUUUGGAAGCAGUACGUUGAUGGAAACCAGUGUGAGUCCAAUCCAUGUUUAAAUGGUGGCAAUUGCAAGGAUGGCAUUAACGCCUAUGAAUGUUGGUGUCAAUUUGGAUUUGAAGGGAAGAACUGUGAAUUAGAUUCCACAUGUAGAAUUAUGAAUGGCAGGUGCAAGCAGUUUUGUAACCGGAGUCCUGAUAACAAGGUGCUUUGUUCCUGUACUGAAGGAUACCGACUCGCAGAAAACCAGAAGUCUUGUGAACCAGCAGUGCCAUUUCCAUGUGGAAGAGUUUCUGUUUCACAUGCUUCUAAGAAGCUCACCCGCUCCGAAACAUUUUUUAAUAAUGUGAACUAUGAAAAUUCUACUGAAGCUGACACUAUCUGGGAUAAUUUCACUCAAGACACCCAAUCAUUUGACAAUUACACUCGGGUUGUUGGAGGAGAAAAUGCAAAACCAGGUCAAUUCCCGUGGCAGGUGCUUUUGAAUGGUAAAAUUGAGGCUUUCUGUGGAGGUUCUAUUGUUAAUGAAAAAUGGAUUGUAACUGCAGCCCACUGUGUCGAGCCGGGUGAUAAUAUUACAGUUGUUGCAGGUGAAUAUAACAUUCAGGAGACUGAGAAUACAGAGCAAACACGAAAUGUGAUUCGAAUUAUUCCUCACCACAACUACAAUGCAUCUGUUAAUAAAUACAACCACGAUAUUGCUCUUCUGGAACUGGAUAAACCUUUAACGCUAAACAGCUAUGUAACACCUAUUUGCAUUGCCAACAGAGAAUACACAAACACCUUCCUCAAGUUUGGAUCUAACUAUGUGAGUGGCUGGGGCCGAGUCUUCCACAGAGGGAGACCAGCUACAAUUCUUCAGUAUCUUAGAGUUCCGCUUGUCGACCGAGCCACAUGCCUUCGCUCCACAAAAUUUACCAUCUAUAAUAACAUGUUCUGUGCUGGUUAUCAUGAGGGAGGUAGAGAUUCGUGUCAAGGAGAUAGUGGGGGCCCCCAUGUGUCAGAAGUGGAAGGGACCAGUUUCUUAACUGGAAUAAUUAGCUGGGGUGAAGAGUGUGCAAUGAAAGGCAAAUAUGGUAUAUAUACCAAGGUAUCCCGGUAUGUCAACUGGAUUAAGGAAAAAACAAGGCUCACUUAA